GUGCGCGCCGUCGUCGAAGAUCCCUGCGUGCGCGCUCCCCAGCGUCUCCCCCGUGUUUGGUUUCAACACUGUAGUCGAGCUGUGCGCCCCACCGUCCACCCACAACCAUCUUCUCCGAGAGCGUGCUCAGAACAUGGUGGAGCUGCUGGCGAGCGCAGCGCCAGGGUAAGACCGCCAACCAGAACCGGCUCUCACCGCCGAGGAGAACCGAGAGCACGCGACGCGGCACAGCGGCGCCGCGCUCGACUGGCACGAGCCUGCCCAUGAGAAGAGCGCACUUGAACGGAGUUUUGGAGGAACGCUAAACGGACGAAGUGCGGAUUAAGAGGCGGAUAACGCCGGAGCGUUGGCGUGGGAUUUUAAGCAAAGGAGAGCGAGAGCCCGAUCUUUCUCUGAACUGCCAGUGCGAGCCAACCACUUGAGGCCCGGGGGAGGAAAACAAACACAACUUUCGUCAUUUACAUUGACAUGAUCUGAGAUUAAGUUACCUCCGCGUGAGUGGUUAAAAGGGAAUGCACACAAACAGGGAUAUACUUUCCCUCAGCACACUUUGACUUGACCGAGUGCCUCGAUGUCACCAGUAUUUUCUUCUUCUUCUUCUUCUUCUUCAACUCACAAGAAGAAGAAGAAGAGGUCCUAAGUGUUAGUGGUCUUCUGGAGUUGGCAGAGACGCACGCGAGCGGCUGAUGUCGUUUGAAGUUGUCUCGACGUCAGCGUGAGGUGUUUAAACGCGCUUUGAGAGCUGGAGGACUCACGGUUGACACCCGCAGCGGGUGUUCAGGAAAGGACGGGGCUCCUCCAUGGAAACAGGCCGUCUUCUGACCCUCGACGGGGCAGGCAGGAACGGGUUCUGCCUCGAGUUUUAACGGAAAAACACGGACAGCUUUCACGUCUCACCGUAUCCGGCGGUUAUUUUCCCCUCGGUUAAGGGAAUAUUAGGACGACUCUCGCUUCUCCGUGAUGUCAGAACCUGAUGGAAAACAUCUUUAGAGAUUGUUGAAUCAAUUUUCAGUUUUUUUUGACCGUAUAAAGGUAACGGUGGCGCAUGUUAAACAAAGUGUUUUUCUUUCUCAGAAACUUUUUAUUUUAUUUUUUUAUACAAGUAACGUUAACACUCUUUCAAAACAUCAACCGUUACGUUUGGUGUUUGCUGACUUCAAACUGACAUUACACCGAAACCGAGUACAAGAGAUGAGUGAAAUCCGGCAUUAUCUGGAAAUAUGAGAUAUAAACUCAUAUUACGUUUGCAUGUCAUUUGGAAAGGGAAAGUAAAUUCAAACAUUGUCGAGCAUUGGAGAGGGUGUUUGAGGGACAGUGUCGACUGGAUUAAAAAACUCUUUUAGAAGCGUUUCAGUACACCCCAUGUUAACUAUGUUAUCUUUUAAAUGUAUUUUUUGUUUUGUUUAAUCGCUACAUACUUGCUCCUGUCUUGAGUUCAAAAGAUGUCCUCUGAAAAGCAGGAUCUAUCGGAUGACAGUGCCUCAGUCUCGUCCACGCUCACAGAGCAAAAGUACACACAUGCGCGUUCACGCGCCACUGAGCCAUAGAAUAUAAUGGAAUCUGAGUGCUGACGUAAUCCCAGCACGGAUAAGAAGCUGCUCAAGAGUCCAAGACAGUCCGUCCUCAUAGUGAACGCACUUGGAAGUUACUUCUGCCUGGACUCUUUUCACAAACACACUGUGCUUUUUGUUACUCGCACCAAUCCAUGUCAAGUGCCACUUCCUCUGUACUCUGUCAGCAGUAGGUGUAAUGUGAUAAUUAAAAGUCAAUAAUUGUCGUCCCGCAAUGACAUUGCCAGAGCAGCACCAGCCACUGCACGAGACCGAGGUGAGGUGCGAUAGCGAAGGCGAAGCAGUUACGUUGUCGAUAACUGACAGCCGUAAUCAACAGGUGGGUCCAGACCAAGAAGGCGAGACGGUCGUCAUGGGCUCCUCCAAACCUUGCAAAUACAGUAUCUCGUCAAGCUGCAGCUCGGGGGACUUGGGCGUUCCCAGGGCUAUGAUGACUCACCGGAGCAGUCCGAGGAGAGUCCCACCGCUGUUUGAGAGAUCUGCCGCGCAGUGCUGGGACCCCAAGUUUAACUCGUCCAUCCUGGAGGAGGCGUGCAGGGAACGCUGCUUCCCGCAGAUGCAGAGGAGAUUCCGCUACAUCCUGUUUUACCUGGCAACCGCCGCGCUCCUGUGGGGGAUAUACUUUGGGAUCAAUAGCGCCAGAUGUGACCCUACAAAUUUCUUGGUCCCCACAGUGGGGUUUCUUGUACUGUGCCUCCUCCUCCUCUGGUUUACGUUCUCAAGGCCGUAUGCACGUUACUACAACCACACGUCCUUUCUACUUACAGUGAUCAUGUUUGGGAUCACCUUGGCACCUCAAACACAAACUGCUCAGUUUGCCCAUUUUGAUCUCCAAAAACUAGGCAAUGAGUCUCAUAAUGCUCCAUGUAUAUCACCUGUUGGGACGUUCUCACUUUGUAUGGAGGUGCUGCUUUUGCUGUACAGUGUGUUGCACUUGCCCCUGUAUGUGUCGGUGCUUCUCGGCCUGCUGUAUUCUGUCCUCUAUGAGGCUUUAGGUUGGCUACACCUAGCUGAGAUGGAUAGUAGCUAUGUAAGGUCAGAUUUGAGCUGGCUUGGCCCGGGUAAAGUCCUGCUUCACCUGUGCGCGCAUAUCAUCGGCAUCCACAUAUUCAUCAUGUCCGAAGUGCGCUCUCGGAGUACCUUUCUCAAGGUGGGUCAAGCGAUCAUGCACGGGAAGGACCUGGAGGUGGAGAAGGCGCUGAAGGAGCGGAUGAUCCACUCCGUGAUGCCGCGGCUGGUGGCGGACGAGCUCAUGAAGCAAGGAGACGAAGAAAGCGAGAGCUCUGGGAAACGAUACAGCGUCGGUGCCUGCUCCGUCAACGGCGCAUCAACCGCGAACUCGUCCAGUCCCAAAAGCAACAAGCGUAAGAAGAACUCAAUCCCUCGCGGGCAAAUAAUUUUCAGGCCCUUUAACAUGAAGAGCAUGGAGCCGGUGAGCAUCCUCUUUGCAGACAUCGUGGGAUUCACCAAAAUGAGUGCCAACAAGUCCGCCCCGGCGCUGGUAGGACUGCUGAACGACCUCUUCGGCCGCUUUGACCGUCUGUGCGAGUUGACCCACUGCGAGAAGAUCAGCACUCUUGGGGAUUGCUACUAUUGCGUGGCGGGCUGCCCCGAGCCGCUCCCUGAUCACGCGUACUGCUGUGUGGAAAUGGGGCUCGGGAUGAUCCAGGCCAUCGAGCAGUUCUGCCAGGAGAUGUCCGAGACCGUGGACAUGCGUGUCGGCGUGCACACCGGCACCGUGCUCUGCGGUAUUCUGGGAAUGAAGCGCUUUAAGUUUGACGUGUGGUCCAAUGAUGUCAACCUGGCCAAUCUUAUGGAGCAGCUGGGCGUGGCGGGAAAGGUGCACCUGUCGGAGGUCACAGCAAGUUUUCUGGAUGACCGCUACGAGAGGGAGGACGGGCGAGUGAUGGAACGUGUCGGGCACAGUGUUACUGAUCAGCUGAAAGGUUUAAAGACGUAUCUGAUCUCGGGACGGAAGAUGGGCUUUCAGUGUGGCUGUUCCCAGCUCAGUUUGAGUCCGUCCUCAUACACACACACGCCUGAUCUCACACACUGCGCCGUCGCUGAACCGCUCUCACACGGCAAGCCUGCGUGCACAUCCUGUAUCAUCUCCGUAGAUGUCAUUGACCGUCCGGUAGCAGAUGAAGCAGCUAGAAACGGCUGCCAGGAUGAACACAGAGCCAACAGCAACAAGUUUCCUGCAGGUCGUAGCCCUAAAACCCUGAAAGGCCUGUUGAGUCCUCUUUGUGAGGAGCGGAAACAAGUCAGCCAGUCAUCUCUGUGUGACAAACUCCAGGAGAAGAACAGGAGCUGGGUGGGGAGUCUGGCCGCAGAAGGAGGCAGCGCCAGUGGCAUGGACCACUCGGCCAUUCUCCCGCUGCGCUCCAAAAACUUUCGGGGGAAAAGUGACGUGCAGUUUGUGGAGGUGAUAAAGGAAGACAGUCUGAUGAAGGAUUACUUCUUCAAGCCGCCCAUUAACAAGCUGAGUCUGAACUUCCUGGAGAAAUCACUGGAGUCCGCUUACCGUACCAGCUACCAGGAGCAGGUGGUGAAUCAGGUGCCGUUGCAGACGUUUGCCAGUCCAGUCUUCAGCUCGCUGCUCGAUGUUCUGCUGUCUUGUGCCAUUUUUCUGGCCCUGACCAUUGCCUGCUUCCUGCAUCCCCUUGUUACCAUGAAGACGCCCCUGGCAGCCACACUGGGUCUGGCCAUCACAGCCGCUCUGCUGGAGCUGGUUUCUCUCGCUUUGUCCAUUCGUAUGGUGUUUUGUCUGGAUGAUGUACAGAACUGCACUCAGUCUCUGUUGAAGCUGGUGUCUGGCUGGCUCCCGCGUCAUGUGAUCGGGGCUGUGCUCGUUUCACUUCCUGCGGUGUCCGUCUUCUCCCACCUGACUUACAGCGUGCAGCUACCCAUCCAGGUGACCAUGUUCCUGUGCUGUGCUCUCAUUAUUGCUAUUAUCCAGUACUGUAACUUCUGCCAGCUGAGUUUCUGGAUGCGCUCUGCUCUGGCCACUGUAGCUGGUUUGUCUUUACUCAUCCUGCUCUACAGCGCCACCACCAGGCCCAGCAGCACCAGUGACACAUUUCCAGCAUCUGGAAACAUGAGUAAUCAGAGUGCUGAAGUAGAUCAGGCAAGUGUGUUGGACUCUGAGCCCACAGCGCUCGACCUGCUCGUCCUAGAGACCGUGCUCUCCUUCUUCCUCCUGCUAGUGCUGGUUUGGUUUCUCAACCGAGAAUUCGAGGUCAGCUACCGUCUGCAUUACCACGGAAAUGUGGAAGCUGACAAGCAUCGCAUCAAGAUCCAGACCAUGCGAGAUCAAGCGGACUGGCUGCUGCGUAACAUCAUCCCCAUCCAUGUUUCCGAGCAGCUAAAGGUGAACCAGAGUUACUCUAAAAAUCAUGACAAUGUCGGGGUCAUCUUCGCGAGUAUCGUCAACUUCAGCGAAUUCUACGAGGAGAGCUUCGAGGGUGGGAAAGAGUGCUACCGAGUACUUAACGAACUCAUCGGAGACUUCGACGAACUGUUGCGCAAGCCUGCAUUCUCAAAUGUAGAGAAGAUUAAAACCAUCGGUGCCACCUACAUGGCAGCAUCUGGAUUAAAUGGGCAGCAGUGCCAAGAACAGCCACAUCCGCAUGCCCACCUACGUGCCCUCUUUGACUUCGCUCUUGAAAUGAUGCACGUAGUGGACGAUUUUAACAAGAACAUGUUGGGUUUCAAGUUCAAGCUGAGAAUUGGCUUCAACCACGGGCCCCUGACUGCCGGCGUCAUCGGCACUACCAAGCUGCUUUACGACAUAUGGGGCGACACGGUCAACAUCGCAAGCCGCAUGGACAGCACAGGAGUGGAGUGCCGCAUACAAGUUAGCGAAGAGAGCCACUGUGUGCUCAGCAGAAUGAACUACACCUUUGAUUAUCGUGGCACUGUGAACGUGAAAGGGAAAGGGCAGAUGAGGACUUACUUGUAUCCCCAAAUGAACGAAGGCAGAUCAGGGUCCACUCAAAGCCUGGAACAAGGCCAGGUGGACGAUGCCCUUGGGCAUUUAGAGCCCGACACACUUGCCAACACAACAUCAACAACAUCUGCUGCACCACUAAACCCUCCCUGCACCUCUCCCAAUGUUGCCUCUAUCAGUGGCCACGGUGUGCCUCAGGGCCGUGUAUUAGGCCCGUCUCAGAUUACAGAGUUGCACCAAGACACUAAGCACAAUUCUCCUGUCCCCCAGCUCAAAGAAAAGGAUUAUGAGAGUCCUUCUCAAGCACCAUCGCUAAGUGGUACACAACCUCCCUCAAUAACACAACUGUACACGCCGUUAGCCACACCAGAGACACCUUUACAAGGAGAGGAAGAUGACGAUGCAGAUGAGGGUACAAAGCUCAGGGCAGUGGAGUGAUCCGAUUUCCUUCUCACCUCGGCUGUCCUUCUUCAAGAGCCAAUCCGCAGAUAAUUUUCAGGCUCUACUUCCUUCAAGGGGCUUUGACGACCAUAACUGUUGGAGUUCCAAUGAGUAGCAUUAGCCUGUAUAGGGCAUAUGUGUUGAUCACGUGACCUAAAUAGAAAAAAGGGUGCGCUAAGCAUCUGCUGUGUGGAUCACAGUGUAGCACAGAGGGGGGAAAUGGAUGGAGUUAAUAUUUCUGAUGUUCUCUUAUUUGUUUUUUUUUUGUUUUUUGUUUGUUUAUAAAGUGCCUUCACAAUAUGCAAAAUCAGUCAAAUGAACAAAUGAAAGAGAUGUUUUAACAAAUAUAUCAGCAUGGCUUUUUGAAGGGACGUGGACAGUGAAAAUGCCAUAUUUAUUUCAGGAUCAAUGGCUAAUGUUUUAAAGUUAUUAAAAUAAAUAUACAGUCCAGUGUAUUAGUUUCACUGCUCUACUACAUGGGCGGUCACCUAUAUUGAAAUAAAACCCAGAAGGCAAGGGCGGAUAGAUAAAGAUGGGCUUCCAGCAGUUCUUUCCACAAUGCCCAUAUUAAUAUCAAGUAUAUCUGGCAGCAAACAACGUAGCUUUUAUCAAAGGGAGGUAGAAGUGGCUCACGCAAAAUAGCAACUAAUGAAAUGAGGAAAAACAGCGCAAUCAGCCUUAUUUGUUUGAAUCCCAAUCAAGAAAGAUGGCAGAAACCAUGCUGCGCGCUCUCUUCCCUUCAUUAGAGGACACAAGGGCCGGUGAUUGUAAUACAUUCAAAAAUUCAGAGUAUAAUGUUUGUUGAAAACAUGCUGUGUUUGGAAGUUCAGUGCAUUUUUUUAAUUUAUUUUUUGCAUAAAAUUUAGCCCCAAAAUUUAAUAUUUCUCAUUGCCAGAAGGGAACAUCCUACAGAAUUCAAAAUUAAAUCAAUAAAUCUAAUUUCUCAGCAUGGCACUUAUAGUAUUUAAGGAUCUUUAAGGAUCACAGCAGAAUAAGUGUUUUUUCCUAAAUAUAUCCAGUAAACUCCAUCCUACGAAGCCUUCAGUUGAACAGAUUUUGUUUAUCAGUGCAUUUGACUUCAUUUCACUCAGUGCCUCCGAUUUUCGUAGCAGAAUCAGUUGUUUUUCACUGUGAUCGUGAGUUGGUAUCGCCGAUUCAUCAUAGUUUUUAUUGAUCACCGUGCACUUGUGAUACCAGUUCACUCCAUGGCCUUGUGGAAGAAGGUUCUUGUGCUGCCAUAAUUUGGUGAGCGGCUUGCAAUUUUUCAUAUUGAUGUUUAUUUCUACCUACUUUUUCAGAAUUUUUUUAUUUUAUUUGCGUGCCAAUUCUGUUGAGAUUUUGACCGCAGCUCUUAAAAAAAAAAAAAACAUUGUUGUGCAGAGAUCUGAUUUUCUUUGCUUUUCUUUACCUGAUUUAUUUAGUCUCUGAUGCAUUCAGAACACUAGAGAAUAAUCCGCAGUAUCUCUUGCGAUGCGUCUUACAUUUCAGUCAUCCCUCAAGCAAAGCAAUUUUAGUUUCUCAAAGCAAAGCUAGUCCUUUAUUAGGAACUGUUAUCUUCUUCCACCAUGUAUAAUGAAUAAGCUUGGCUCUGAAGUUUGAGGAGGACAGAUUUCUUUCUUUAUUUCUGUUUACAGAGCAAUCACUAGUUUGUUCUCAAAAACUGAAAAAGUCCAGUGCCUUUUUGUUCACUCCUUUCCCCCUCAAUUUUAACACCCGGUUGCUUCAGAGUCAAAAUAUCAAGGUGUCCUUUGACGCCAAAGCUUUCAGAACACAUGCAAUAUUACGUUAUUGUAUCAUGUUGUUAUUAUUUCCUCUUUGAUGUGAAUUAAAAUUCCAGCCUUUUUUUUUCUUUUUUUUUUACACUGUGUAUCUUUAAAUGGAACUUUUUGGGAUUGGAAAAGGGAUUUGAUUUAGCUGUUAAUUGUUUUAUGGUGCACUGCUUUCCAGCCAACACCAUUCACCUUUGAGUUAUUGUAUCACUCCAUUGGCUGAGGAAGCCCAGUGCUGACAGUAUUGAAUUAUAAUUAAUUGUGCAUAAUGUAUGUGGUUUUGUAUUAAAUGCAUUUGUAUUUAUUGGGGCAGUGCAUAAAUCGGUGUGCAGCCACGGAGCCUAAUGUCAAAAGGGCAUAUUUAUGAAAGGGAGCCACUUAAAGCAAAGAGAAAUCUCCUUUUUUUCAUCUAACGUAACAAGCACCUAUGGCCUCACUCUUGAAAAGUGCCUCAGAUCCAAUUCUACUAAAGUUUUAUGAUAUUGGAAAUAACCUUAAAAUGGAGAAGUGUGAGCUUAAUCUUGUUCUGUGCGCGAUUGGUCCCACUUUUUCACCACUGCCCACAUUCUUGUAGGUUUUCUGAAUUUUAGUUUUGAAAAUCAAGCAUUGAUUUCAGUUUGGAGAAUCAUAUGUUGUUUUUAUUUUGUCACAUGACUUUUCACUCCUUCACAGUUUUGUUUUGUAUAGAAUUGAACACAUCUUAAUUGGUCAAGAGACAUAUUUGAGUACAAAUCUAAAACCAAUUUGUUUUGGUGCUCAAGAGUUUGAAAAAUGUGCCCUUAAAUUUGACUUCACAUGCUUUUAUUAACUUUGUAUUAAUGAUUUUUGUGCCAUAUAUGGGAAUAUGUGUAUACCAAAUAAUUUGAAUCGUGUGGGCAGAAGCUGCAAGACACAGCUGUGGAAUUUGGGUUAUAGAUUUUGUUUUUUAUUUCCGAGCAGCACGUUCUCCAAUAAUUUGUUCUUAUGCACAUGAGACACAGCGGGUAUUGAUUUAUUAGCCAUUAUAUUCAGGCAACAAGCAUAAUCUGUAUACAUUUGCACAGUGCACUCACUUUGUAUGUACAUAUCAUGUACUGUUUUAUCUGAUUAUUAUGUUUCAAAACUGAUGAUACAUGUGCAUGUGGCAGAUUUGGAGAGUAGAGAAACAAUGAAAAGAUACCAGAAGCGA